CGCCUUGAGUCCCUCCGGCGGUACUGCCAUGGCUGCCCGUGGUGUUGUCGCCCCGGUAGGCGAGGGUUUGCGCUACGCUGAGUACUUGCCGCCCUCCGCCAAACGUCCCGACGCCGACCUCGACCAGCAGGGACUGUCAAGAAGUUUGAUAACUGUAGGACUGGGUGUUGCAGCCCUUGUAUUUGCAGGUCGCUAUACAUUUCGGAUCUGGAAACCUCUAGACCAAGUUAUCACAGAAACUGCAAAGAAGAUUAGGCUUUCAUCCUACUAUAAAGGAGGAUUUGAACAGAAAAUGAGUAGGCGAGAAGCUAGUCUUAUUUUAGGUGUAAGCCCAUCUGCUGACAAGGCUAGGAUUAGAGCAGCUUAUAGGAGAAUCAUGAUUUUGAAUCACCCAGAUAAAGGUGGGUCUCCUUACUUAGCAAUCAGAAUAAAUGAAGCAAAAGAUUUGCUAGAAGCAACCACCAAACACUGAUUGAUGCUCAAGCACCAUGCUGAAGGAAAAAAAAAAGAGGGAACUUACAAAAAAAAAAAAAAAAAAGCACUUCAAAAUAUUCUAAAACAUGGUCUUCUUAAUUUUCUGUAUGCAUUGACCACAUCCUUUCUUACACCAUUAAGCUGUGUAACAAUAAAACAUUAAUAGUCUUGCUUUUUAUUAUCUUUUAAAGGAUCUCCUUAAAAUUCUGUAACUAAUCUUUUUUCUUAUUUUCUUUGUGACAUUCAUACAUUUUUAAGAUUUUUGCUAUUUUCUAAAUUCCCUCCUACACACACACGCACACGCGCACACACACACGUAUGCAAAAUGUGUAACUGUCAAGAAUGCAAUUGGGAUUUGUGAGCAAUGAGUAGAUAUUUUCUUAUUGCUUAUAUAUGUACCUAUAUUAUCUCUUUUUUUCAGGGAAUUUGGGACUUUACCUAUAUAACAUGCUUAAAAUGUCUUAGAACAAGCACUGGCUGAUACCUCUUGGAGAUAUCUGAAAUGUAAUGGAAUUUAUUAAAUGGUAUUUUGUAAAGUAGGGGUUAAGAACUUGUUCAAGAACCCUGCUCUCUCUGAUACCCUAUAGCUAAAGCAUGAGGACUUGGAGAGCUACUAAAAUGAUUCAAGUUUACAAAAUGAGUUCUAUGAGGAAAGGCCGAGAAAAGUCUGAGGAAUUUGUAUUUAAUUAUAGUCUUCCAGUACUAUGUAUUUAUUCAUCACCCAUCUACAAGUAUUUAUUGACCCCUUUUGAUGUGCUAGUCACUAUUGUGGGUCCCCUGAGAGUUGCAAGUAUGAAGCAGUUAUGGAUCAUGACCCAAAGGGUACGUAGAAGGAUAAAUCACAUAAAUGGUGAACAGGGUUAGCUACAGAUGAUAUAUUUUUAAAGUUCAGAGGAAGAAGAGAAUAUGUUAAACAGUACAUGAGGGAGGAAUAAGUGGCAUGGAGCUUUGUGGAGUACGUGGCCUAGAGCUGGGCUUUAAAAAAGAAAAAUAAGAGAUACCAUAUGAUUGGUGAGAUGAGUCAGUGUUAUUUCUCCUGAGAGGAGAAUUAGCAGAAAUAGAUAUAUCAAUUAGUGCGAUUAGAGUGCAGGGUUUCUGGAAAGCAAGGGUUGGACUGAGUGGUCAUCAAAGGCCAGCCCUGUGACUUAGACUGCAUUAAAUUAAUUUCUUAAAACGUAGUCCCUGAUCAUUAUCACUUUACUGUUCCAAAGGUGAGAGAACAGAUUCAGAUACAGAGUGCCAGCAUUAUUCCCCAGUACUUUUGGGUUCAUUCCAGGUAAACUGAACUACUGCAUUUUCUCUAUCUUAAAAUACUUUUUAGAUAUCCUGGAUGCAUCUUUCAACUUCUAACAUUCUGUAGUUUAGGAGUUCUCAACCCUGGCAUUAUUGAUAUGUUAGGCCAAAUAAUUCUUUUUCUGUGGGAGGUCUCCUGUGGAUUUUAGAUGAUUAGCAAUCACUACUAAAGACUAGUCAUUUCUCUUUAGCAGUGACAACAAAAAUGGUUCCAGAUAUUGCCAAAUGUCCUUUAGAGGACAAAAAUCACCCCCAGCUGAGAACCACUUCUGUAAAACUUUAAUUAACACUUUUUUCUUUUGGUUUAUAAAAUAAUGAUCCUGACUUAAAAUUGGUAGAAACUUAAAGCUGAUGAAAUAUGGUUCUUGCUUUAAAGU